ACGUUCUUUCGUUACGCUUCAAUUCGACAUAUGUUUGUAAAUUAUUACUGAUUAUCGUCGUUCGAUCUAAAAUUAAUUUCACUAAGUUCAUCGAGAUCAAGGUCGAUAUCACGUUUUACAACUUUUUAUAAAUUUAUCGCGGACGUAUAUAUCAUACGUAAUCGGAGUCUGCGCACUGCGAAUAAAUCAAGUAUCGAGUCCGUCAACAGAAAUUAACGGUUCGCUCAAAACAUAUUUUUCCCUAUUCUUUUUAGUAACAACGUUCGUACUUUUUAUAAUCGGCAUGAGACGCUCGUAUCGUAUAAGUAAUCCUAGUUUUAUCUCGUCGUGCGUUCUCUUUUCGAAUUAAAUGACAAACCGAUCUCGAAGUAUCACGAAACUAGGUCAAUUGUCUAAACUUUUUCAUAACGAGAUUUGUGAAAUCAUAUAUAUAUAUAUAUAUAUAUAUUAUUUUUGUUGUUCGUAUACCUACAUGAAAAUGAAUAAUCGUUGAAGUAACUCUUCGUAAGACUAUCGACGGAAUUUCUUGAAUUUUCAAUCGACGUAACGCUACUCCGAAAAGAAAGCGAAGAUAAGUCAUCGAGAGGACAGGAAAGCUUGACAGGGAUGGAUCUUCUAAGUCUGACAUUUCGAGCUCUGGAUAUGACAGACUCGGAAACGAAACGAGAUGAUUUUCUGAGCGUUACCAGAGAGCAAACUUACGAAACAACUUCUAACGUUACGUCGAAGGAAAAAGCGAGGAAAUCGAAACGAAACGAGGAAGGAUCGAGAUUCGGUGAACUUAGAUGCAUUAGUAUGGAUGAAGUAGCCUGGCACGAUACGCCGAAUAAUUGUUGGGUUAUAAUUUACGAUUACGUUUACGAUUGUACCGAGCUAUUGAAGACUCAUCCGGGUGGACAAGACGUUCUUCUUGAAUACGCUGGAAGGGAUGCCACCCUUAGUUUCAUUGGCGCUGGACAUUCGAAAUUCGCGCAAGAUAUUCUCAAAGAAUAUCUCAUCGGUGAACUUCCACUUAAACAGAGAAUCUUUCGUGUACCCGAUGGCGUCAAAGUUGUUGGACUUUAAAUUAUUAUGAUUUAAUUAUUAAUUUCGUCGAUUUCGUUCGUUAUGACGAUUCUUUUUCGCUUGCUUUUUUUAUUUUUAUUUUAUUUCUUUUUUUAUACGAAUGUUCCUACAAACACAAGUAUCUUAUUUAUUUUCCAACUUCGUCUUAAUUUUUUUUUGAGACUGCUAAAGGUCGCGUACUGAAAGAAAAAAGGGAUCGAAAGAGAUUUGGUCGAAUAUGUACGACACGGAUUAAUUAAGUCAUGAUAAAAGUUAUGAUCGUGACAUCUUAUGUUUUAUUGUAUCGUCUCGAUAAAUAGCGAGACAAAUAACUGUUGUAGUUUCUCCAUUGCAUCUCCAAAGGAUUACGAACUUUGAAAAAAUUACCGAUAUUUUGUUUCUUUUUUUAAUUUAUUAAAGCUGUCCAAAAGAAACUAUUUUCAGCGUUCACGGAAGAUUCGCAUUCGAUGAACGAUAAUCUGAUUUGAUUACUGUCGAACGUAUGCCUUUAAUAACUUAUGAAUCUUAUUAUCUUAUCGAAUAUUCUUCCUUUCAAACGUUCAUGAUAUUUGUUGUUUAUGAUUAAACCGGGGAAAUCACUUGAUUCUGUUUUUUUUUUUUUUUUACUGCAGUUGAACUUUUUUUCGAUAAUGUAUAUAUUGCUAUAAAGUUCAAGACUUAUCGCAAGUUUUUAUGUUAGAUAAGUUCGUUACGAAAUGAAAAUUCAUUUCUUCUUGCGAUUUCAUUGAUCAUUCGCAUUAAUCAUUCUUAUUAAAUGCAAUUACGUACUUUUAUGUAGUCAUAUUAUGUACUUAUUUUAUGUACUUAUUUUACGUACUAAUUUAUUUUUUCGCUAACGCUACAGCCUCAAAUCAAUCAUAUCGAUUUUACGUUGUAAAUUGUAACUAGAAUAUUUCUUACGUGUAACGCAAGAUAAUCACUGCCGCUUAAAAAAGAUAUUAAUGAAAUAAAAAUAUACACUUAACCCUUA